AUGGAAGAAAUAUUGAAAUGCAGCUCUUGUGAAGAGAAAUUUGAAACAACUGGGACAAAAGAACCACAGGUGCUUCCAUGCCAGCACACAUUUUGCAGAGCUUGCAUUUCGACACUCAUAGGACAAGAUAGUACGAAAUGCCCAUCAUGUCAGGAGGUCCAUGACUCAAUAACUUCCGCUAAUCGCAAUGCUGUCCGGAACAAUUUGACAGUUCUCAGUUUACUUAAGAAAAAUACAACCGUCAAUAGAAGAAAUGCAAAGCUGGAAUUUUUGAAAAUUCACAUCGUUCAUGUGAUAAUGGCAAUCAUGAUAUGCGUGGUCUUUGUGCCAAAUUUUAACGUUAUGGAAUUAAGAAAACCUUCGAAUUUUUUGAGUUUCAUUAUAAUGCCCUUUUAUCCUGCGAUUAUAUUGAAAAGAGACAUGGAAGACAUUCCAAAAAAUAUUAUCUUAGAUCUAAUUCUUUGGGUGAAUGCCAUUGGCAUUGUAACAGUAUUAAACGGUAUAUCACCAGUUAUAAAACAGUUAGUAAUUCGCUUCUUGAAGGCUCCGGUAUGGAAGGUUGGCAUAAUGGUUAUCUGUUUCGCAAUUGUUGUGCAGUAUUUCCCGUCAAAGACUGAAAUUUAA